CGGCCGCGGGGUGCUCGGUGCGCGCCGGCGCCGCUCGUCCUCCUCGGCCCGGCCCCCGAACCUCGCCGUCCCUCCGCGCUGAUCCGCUUUCUCUCUCUCUCUCUCUUUUUUUAAAGUGUGACUGAAACAAAACAAAGCCAAAGGGACGCUGGAUCUAUCAUUGGUUGAUUUUCCUCCUCCUUUUUUUUUUUAUGACCAAAAACAACCCCCCACCCGAGCAAACAAACACACACAAAAGCAGAAAGAAAGGGUCUUGCUCAGCAGCAGCAUGGAUGUCUUGGCUAGUUAUAGUAUAUUCCAGGAACUCCAGCUUGUCCACGACACCGGCUACUUCUCAGCUUUGCCAUCCUUGGAGGAAAACUGGCAGCAGACAUGCCUGGAGUUGGAGCGAUACCUUCAGACUGAGCCACGGAAGAUCUCUGAGACCUUUGGUGAGGAUUUGGACUGCUUCCUUCAUGCCUCCUCAGCCCCGGACGCAGAGGACAAUAUCCGACGGCUGGACCCCAUCCUUUUACCCGUGGAGACGAGUACGUGUGACAAAAGCGCCAACAUGGACAUUAUCCUCUCCCGUGACAAACUGCUGUCUGAGACGUGCCUCAGCUCGCAGUCCACCAGCUCUUCCACAGAAGGCUACACAGCCGUCAACCAGGCCCAGCUCAAUGCAGUAACCUCAUUAACCCCCCCUUCCUCUCCGGAGCUCAGCCGCCACCUCGUGAAAACCCCACAGACUCUCUCAGCAGUGGAUGGCACAGUGACAUUGAAACUGGUAGCCAAGAAAACUUCACUCAGCUCUGUGAAAGUGGGUGUAGCAACAGCGACUGCGGGGACAAUAAAAAGUGGGCAAAGUGACAGUGAGCAAGGAGGUACAGGGACAGAAGCAUCCCCAGAAAACAAGAAGAGGGUUCAUCGCUGUCAAUUUAAUGGGUGCCGGAAAGUUUAUACAAAGAGCUCCCACUUAAAGGCUCACCAGAGGACUCAUACAGGUGAGAAGCCUUACAAGUGCUCGUGGGAAGGGUGCGAGUGGCGUUUUGCACGGAGCGACGAGCUCACCAGGCAUUACAGAAAGCACACGGGUGCAAAGCCCUUUAAAUGCAACCAUUGUGACAGGUGUUUUUCCAGGUCGGAUCACCUCGCCCUCCACAUGAAGAGACACAUCUAAAUAUCAGUCAGCUUGGCAUGGAUGUCAUCUGGGCUGAGUGUUGUGAGAUGAAAGUGGAACUCAAGUUACAACGUGCUACCUUACAGGAGAAGAGAACUUGAUCCCGUGCAGUCCUCUGUACAGGGACCACAUGCUCACAGUGUCAUGCUCCCAGUUACACUUCAAUACCUACAUCGGUUCUUUUAUGCCUUGCCCCAGCUGGAUGGGAGAAGAUGCAGGCGAGGAAAUGGUAUAGAGGUGAAGUCAGUGAAAAAGAACAAUUACUUACAGCACUUCAUCCCUCUUGGAUUCGUUUCCUGUUUUUGCCAGUGGAAAUCAAAGGAGGCUUCCCUGCAGGUGGACGGCAGUAAGAGGGGCUUAUCUAACUUGCUUCUCAGUGCAACUCCGUAGAAGAAUAUGUCGUCUUGAAGUUGCAUAUUUGUAGCACUAACUUUCUUUUUAAAUAGAUGGGGGGAAAACAAAUGACCUAGAAAACCAAAUCCCAGUUUGGUAGCCAAAAUUAACCUCUUGGUUUUUUUGUUCUUUUUCUGAGAAUUCCUAAUUUUCAGUGCAUCAGACUUCUCACAGACACUUUGACCUGUCUUGGUUUUGGUUCUUCUUCCCAGAACUGAGCUAUUGAGAUCCUUUUAAGUCAAUACCAGUGGCCUUAAUGGCAGUAGACUGUGGAGUGACACUUGUGACACAAACAUCCUCGUUUUGGCCUGAGUUUAUGUAGACUUCAUGGAGGAUUAUAUUUUUGUUGGUUGUUUUUUUUUGUUUUUUUUUUUUUGGCUAUUGCACAACAUAUGCACUAGGGACUCUGGAAGCUGCUGCCACGAUGGCUAAGUAGCCAAGGGAUAAACCCCUGAGAUACAGCACCUAAUAUCUCUGUAAGCCUCACCUUAUUGCCAUAGCUAGGACUUCUUGUUUAUUUUUUGAACAAAAAACUUCAAAAGCUUGUUUGGAAGCUUAAACCUUUUUUCUCUUUUCUCCACAAACAAGUGAUCUUCAGAACUCCUUGUCUUCACCUGGAUAUCAGUCUGGGACUGGCCACACAGGCAUGACUACAGGAUUCCUUCCACAUCAUGUGAGCAGAUUAGCCACAACCCACGGUGAUUUAGUGGUGAAUUAUGUUGCUUUUUCUUGCAGUUCUUCUAUUAACCAAUUUAAAACAUUAGCCUUUUGUUUCUGUAAAGAGCACCUGCAGACGUUUUCAUUUACACCUGUUUGUUGAGCAUCUUACAUACAAAAAAAAACCCCAAGCCAAAAAUCCUACUCCAGUCUCUGAGUAGGAAAUCAAGAACAUCUUCCAAGUACAAUGGCUUCAUUCAGCAUUGGCCCGUUAAAGAAAAUAUCAAAGUCCUGCUUUUCUGUUCAUCAAGUUGAUGCUGUAGCCCACUCCUAUAUGAAAAAAUGUAACCAUGUGAGCGGUGAAGGAAGGGAUUGGAUUUUACAUACAGCAGUGAGGCAUUUCCAAAUGAUUGGUCCAAAGUAUUACUAACCUAGAGGUCCAUUUUGGCCUACAGUGUGAAUCAUCAAGGAGAAGUGGAGGUCUCAUGCUCACCCUUCCGUCAUAUUGAUAAAUUGAUUUCUUUGGCUCAAAGUGGAUUAAAGUCUUCAUUACAAAAGGAAAAAAAACCCUAAAAAAUGUGUUGCCAUAACUUGUAUUUGAACCUAUUUGGCACUGGCCCUGACUCCAAAGACUGCAUUUAGGACCAUGAAAAUGGCCUAUGCAAGCAGGCAGGCGGUCAUUAGGUUGUAUAUUUUGUAUAUUCUCGGACCAUCCCUACAAGAUGUGUCUAGAAACUAAACAAAAUAGCACGUGGUCCACAAAUGGUUGCUGCUCUUUUAUAAUGUAUUAGCCAACUGCCCUUCUUUGACUGUUUUGACUCAUUGACUGUUAAAUAUUUCCCUUAAUUUAUGUUUUGGGAAGUAAAAUUGUACUCUAAGGGGAAAAAAGAGCAAACAAGAAACUCAAUAGAUGUUUUUAAGAGCCGUCAUCGGGAUCCUUGGCACUUGAAUUCUCAGCAUUUUGCAACCUUUGGUUCCAGUGAGAGAUUGAAUUUAUUCAAAAGAUGCUGGUUUUCCUCACAGUUUUCACAAAACACUGUGACUGUCAACUGAACACUUUGGGGACAGGGGGGAAAUACGAUGUCUGGCCCAUAUGGCAUGAAAUAUGGACCAAAAUCUAACCAUCUUUUAGGGGCAAUGAUGUAAUAUUCAUGAUAAGAGCAUGAGAGAGAGUGAAAGAAAGUCAGAAAGAAAGAGAGAGAGAAGAAAAAUUGAAUUUAUUCCAAAGAUUUAAACUAACUAUACUCUAUAUGUGUAUAUAUAUAUGCUUAUAUAUAUAUAUAUGUAUACAUUUAAAAAUUGCAGAGCACUGCUUGCUGACAAUCUCGUAUUUCUCUACUUCUGUAUUUGCAUACUUCUUAUGGCCAUUCCACCCAGCUGUUUCACUGGGACUGAGGGCCCUAGAAUCCAAUUUGUGUUGGAGCAAAUAGAGCAUCCUGCCAGAUCACAGAAUCACAGAGUGUCCUGAGUUGUAAGGGACCCACAAGGAUCAUCAAGUCCAACUUCUGGCCCUGCACAAGACAUCCCAAGAAUCCCACCAUGUGCCUGAGAGUGUUGUCCAAAUACUCCUUGAGCUCUGGCUGGCUUGGGGCUGUGACCACUUCCCUGGGGAGCCUUUUCUGGCAUCUGACCACCUUCUGGGUGAAGAACUUUUUCCUAAUAUACAGCCUGAACCUCCCCUGACACAGCUCCAUCCCAUUCCCUUGGAUCCUGUCACUGGUCACCAGAGAGCAGAGAUUGGUGCUGCCCCUCUGCUGCUCCUCAGGAAGAUGUCUAAUGGGAAUUGAAACCUCAGCUAUGUGAAACUGUAGAGCAUCCAGUGAGUGUAUUAGAUUUUAAAAAGUAUAAGAGAAUCCUAGAAUUUCCUUACUGUAGUGUCCUAAAAUUUAUGCUCUCAAAUUCUCCACUAUGAUAUUCAUUGGCUGUGAAUCUGCAUAAAUAUCCUCCUUUGCUCUCUGAACACACCUGCCUUUAGGCGUGCUAUCAGUAGUAUACAAAUCUUAAUUAUUAAGUGAUGGUUUAAAUACCAGACUCUAUUUAAAUUGGAAAAAGUCAAGCAAGACUGUGUUUUAGUUCCAGUUGUCAUUUACAGUCUUCUUGGCAUCUUAUUUAAAUAUACCAGAACAAGGGCCCCAGGGGAAAAAAUGCUGAAAUAUAUCUUUACGUUGUUCAAAAAGCAGGCCUACAUCUAAAUCCUGGAUCCAAAUAGCCUAAAAAACAUAGAAAAAAGGGGGGUAAAACACAGAUUUCAAAUUUCUCAGGCUUUGUAGCAAGUCUUGAACUCUGAAGCCAAAAUUUGAGCUUUGGAACCACCUCUUAUGUUUGAAAAGGGUAAUAUUUUCGGCUAUAUGGUGUACCCAGUCAAUCUCUUGACUUCAGUUUUUGGGUGCUCAUAUGCAAGUGUCAUAGUCAUUACUAAAAUUUUCAACCGUAACUUUGGUAUUUUAUAGAAGGCUCCAUUUUGGAAAGGCAUAAUUAGUGACACAUUCCAGGAUUGUUUUUUUUUUACAAUGACAAGUUUUGUUCCAUUGCGGAUAAUUUAAGCUGUACACUUCAAACUUGUGUAGUCUGUUAUAGUUAGUUCCUUUUUGGGCCUGUGUCUCCUUGCUAAAGUUGUACAGUUGUUCUCUCUGUAAAUUAUGAGUAGAAUCAGACUAAAGAGGAAGGGCUCUGUGUAAAGCAAACCCAUAAAUUUGGUGACAGUUGAGGACAGUUAUCCAGCUGUAGAAAGGAGAAGCUUUACCUUGUUUCCUUCAAUGUGAGAUUUAUGUCUAUUUGCAAAAGAGAAGCCAUUAUAAGAAAAUCAGAUAGUGGUUUCCAAGGUUAUGGAACUAUAGGAUGAAAACAGAUUGAGCUGAAAGUCUCACAAAAUAGUGUACACAGAGGAAGCAACUAAAAUAAAUGUGAGUUUUUGUGAUUAGCUAAAUAAUAUUUUGGAUCAGAACAGUCAAUUACAGAAUCAUGCAUGUGGAAAGGGGCCUCCAGAGGCCAUCUUUGCCAACUUCCAGCUAGAGCUGGUUGCUCAUGAGUGUAUCCAGCUGAGUUUUAAAUAUCCUCAAGAAUGGAAAUUCUACAAUCUCUCUGUCCAAGCUGUUCCAACAUUUAAACCACUUCAAUGGUAAAAAAAAAUUCCAAACAUCUGUCUGUCAGGUAGGAAUUUUUUAAUGUUCAAAUUUGUUUUCAGGCCUCUUCCGCUGUGCACCUCCAAGAAGAGUCUGGCUUCUUCUCUACAGUCUUGGUUAGGUAUUUGGAGAUAGCAAUAAGAUCUACACUUACCCUUCUCUUCCUAAGGCUGAAUCAUGUUUCUCAGCCUCUCUUCAUCCAUCAUGCGUUCCAAUACCUUCGUGGGGAAUCUCUGCUAGACUUGCUCCCAUAUGUCAGUCAUUUUUGUGAUUGGGGAGACCAAGACAGAAUAUUCCAGGUCAAGAUGUGCUUUGUAUGUGACAGUGUUGAUAAAAUAUAUUUAUUCUGGAUUUUUCCAUUAUCUGAGACAAAGUCAAGAUUCUAUUUUAAAAACUAACUAAUAAAAAAUAAUUUAGGAAGCACUGUUAUAAAUAGUUUUCUAAUCAAAUUUGCCAAAUCUGCACAUAAAAGUAUGCUUAUAAAAAUAUACUUCUGUACCACCAGCUUGAGGCCUGGCUAGCAAAAUUUGGGUUUUUUCGAUGUGAUCAUUGAUGGUUCACUUUGAAUUAAAAAUUGUAUUGUUUAAUUUGUACUGUAUCAAAUAUGAAGACUCAUGAUGCUGUAUUUUAGUCACUUCUUACACUAAAACAGCACUUCAAUGCAUCUUUAUUCUGUUUGGUUUUCCCCUUAGGAGAUAAAGAGCAACAUAAAAUAUCAGAUAUAUUUUAUAGAGAUUGGUCUAAAAGUGGAUGGCAGAAUCCAGAGUAUUUUUCAUUAUGUCUGAGUUGUUCUUUUUCAGUAGCUAGUACUCAAUCUAGACAAUUACAUUAUCUGGCUAAACUAGCAACUGAAGUGAAAUUCUAGAUUCUUUCAAUGUCUUGGACGAGGCCCUGAGCAGUCUGAUCUCACUAAACAAAGCAUUGAAUCUUGGAUUAGGUGACCUCCAGAAGUACCUUCCAAUAUUAAUUUUUCUGUGUUUCUAUGAUUCAUUUCACAGCUCUUACUUAUUAAAUGUGUACUGGUUCUAUUUCGUCAUAGUCUUGUGUUGAUGAAACAGACUGUAGGGCAGAUCUGUAGGUUUUUUCUCAAAUUCUGAGAGUUUUAUUCUUCUUAAAAUUUAUAAGGUUUCUUCAUGAGGGAGACCUAGAAAGGAAAAAAUCUUAAAAGAACCCAGACCCUUAGCAAACCAGUUUGAAGCAACAUCAUACCUUGAUAUGUGUCACAGCUGCAAGGACUAGCCAGUUAUUAUGGAAACAAGUUUGCUAGACUGGAAGACCCAUGUGAUAGGUGAACAUUUUUUUCAUUCAUUCUUAUUUUCCUCAGACUUUUUGGAAUUGCUUUUUUUCUUGGGGUAGCACAUUUUCACUUAAUGCAUGGAAAGCACUGACCAAACACAAAUGGAGAAGAAGAAUCUGAAUGCAAGAGGAUCCCUCAGUCCUUGCUUUCAGAAUUGUUUUAACUUCAGGCUUUAAAAAGUAACUAAUCACUAGGGUGUAUAGCUAAAAUGGAGUAGAUCAAUAUGAUUGUUGCAGUGACUGAUUGUAUCUUAGUUGUGACCUUUUUGAUGUCUACAGAAUCAGGCUUUCUCCCUCAUUUUUUUCUGACCCUAGACAAUUUGGGGUUUGUAUCUAAUAUAAAGGUUGCUCCUCCUAUUUAAUACACUUUCUUUGUCUGUAUACAAAAGAGGUGGUAAUUGGUACUUUUGGCAAAGCUGAUGAAGUCCAACUUUUUUAAGUGUUUCCCAUCCUCUUCUCUAAAUGUAUGUCAAAAUCUUUAAAUUUAAAAAAGAGGAAAAUUUUGUAAAUAAUUUAAUGUUACAAGGCCAGCAAUCAGUGGAUCAAGGGCUUUUACUCUUGAUUUCAUUCAGGACUUGGCACAUUCUGUCAUUCCAUCCAGUAAGACUGUUUUUGAGCUUUCAUAUCCUGGGCGAUGCUCUAACCCAGAACUUCUAAACUACUUGUUGCUGAUUUCAGAUAGAAUUGCACUUGUAAAGAUAUCUACGUACCAAGAAAAAAAAACAAAAACAAAACACAAUGCUUGACAAUAACUAUUUAACUUUGUCUUGAAAAAAUAGAAGUAUUUUUCUCCCAACAUUGACAAGUCUUGCCUGUCUUUCAGUAGCAUUUAAACUACACCUUCAUGAAUGAUCUUUUUCAGAUCAUGCUUGGAUAUUUUUCUUCUUUUUAUCACACUUGAGUCUCUUUUUAUUAAUAGUUUAGGGAUGAAUACUGCAGUCUUUCUCCUCCACAGCUCUGCACAGGCUUCAGUGGCAAGAUUUAGCAUUGUAACUACUGUAGGAUCUGGCCUACCAGGUACUAAGAUCUGUGUUGUAAAGCUGAGAAUUUCCUUAGAGUUCUCCCUUAGAGGAAGAAGUCUUGAGAAUACUUGUGCUAUAUAAGUUAUAUAUAUAAUUAUAUAGUUGUAUAUAUAAAUUAUAUACAUAAAAAUGUCAGACUGGGGAGUAGACUGCCUUUAUCACCUCAAGAAUGAGUUUCCCUACCUGAAAACUUUCAAAUGCAGGCGUCAUUUUAGAAACAGGGUUUUAUAGUUUUCCUUAAUGCUUGUUGAUGGCAUUUUUGGUGUAAUAAUUGAAGUUGGAAUCUGUGAUUUUCAAAAUGAAAGCUUUGAUGACUUUUUUUUUUUUUUAAAGUGCUUUGGUCCUAACUUCUGUAUACUGCCAGAAGACAGGUUCUCCACCCUGUCUCUGUGUGGGUGUGGAUGUACAUCAGUAAACUGUAUAUACCUACACAGAAACUGAGCUACUGACUUACAGUUUGUAGUAGCCAACUGUGCCUAUUGCUUUCAUUUAAGGAGGGCACUUGCUGUUGCCACUGCAUUUUAGGAAUCAUGUCAGCUUCUGUGGGAAAGUUUUCAACAGUGCUGGGAAAUACAUGUUGCUGUGUACUGUGAAUGAGUAGGCUGCAAAUCUGGGGAUUGGGAGGGAAGGUGGGAAGGGAGGGGGAUGAGGGUUUCGCAUGUACACACUAAAGGGAACUAGAAUGGACAGAAACAUGGGAAUUUUAGCCUUUAUUGUUGGGCUCUCGGGGAAAUGAAAAGCUAACAUGCAGUCCCUGGAAGGCCUGAUGGCUGAAGGGCUGAUCUUUAUGUUUUGCAACAUAUGUUUUACCCAUCACUCUGUAUUUAAAUCCCCAGACCUGUCAGAUUCUUGAAGUAGAUCAAAACACUGGUUUAAACACUACUUUGUUACCAAGGCCAUGUCUCUACCAGGGAAGCUGUCCUACAUUAAAAUCUAGCUAAACCACUUUGUAGCUGCACCUGUUAUGUGAUUGCCUGGAUCAAGUUUGCAUUGGCAUCCUAUGCAGUUAAGCUGAAGUGUAAGAAAUGCUUCAACUAAUUAAGAUACCUCUACAGGAAGGUUCUUGCACCAGUUUAAGUACCUGGUUUUGAAAUCACUGCAUAUAAACCAUAAGAGCUUUUCUCUUGGAAACAAGGCCUUAGUUUGGCAUGUCUGCUCAUCUAGUUAAAAAAUAAUAAUGCAGGCUGAGAUUUUUUUUUUUUUUUGCUUUUUGCUUUUCAAAGCGACCUGUUUUCCCUUUUGUUCUUUGAAACUUUUCUUGCUCUCUAGCACACAUUAAAUUUUUGUUUGGGGAAUUUUUGUUUAACAACAAAAACAAUGACAACAAAAUGUAUGAAUGCUCCCUAUGGAAAAAGAAAAAGCCAAAAAAAAACCGAACAAAAAAACAAACAACAUUGCUUGAAGGACUUUCAUUUUGCACUAUAAUUUUUCUUUUACCAGAUGUGUCUGACAAGUGCAUUUCGGAGAUGCCCUCGGUCACGUUCUCUCAGGCCUACUCUGGUAUUUCUAAUAUAUCACAGAAGUACCCAAUCUUGUAGCCCUCAGUUCUGCCUUUUUUUGACAUUUUAUUUUUUUUAAGCUUUUUAUAUAUAUAUAUAUAUAUAAAUAUAUUACUUUGUCAGUUUUUUUGCUGUACAAAAAGUCUUAAGAUUUAAAAAUAUUAUUUGUAUUAUAUGAUGGUGGUAUGUUAAUGUUACAAAAUUAUUAAUGAAGAAAAAAUUUAUUUUUGUUACUGGUCUGUUUCAUAAUUCUUUUUUAAAUUGGUAUAUUGUAAGAUAUCUAUGCAAAAAUGUUAUGUGACGCAUUUUUAUUUAAGAAUGUAAUAUGUGUA